AUGAGUGGCUUCGAGAUCGCGGGCUUGGUCCUCGGCGGUUUGCCAUUGAUCAUUGCAGCCAUGGAGUUCUUUGAAGAUACGCACAAGGCUCCGAAGAUAUGGUGGAAGAUCAGGCGCGCCCACAGACGAGAUCUCGGACGCCUUCGAGAUUGCGAACUCAGCUUUCAGCAGAACAUGAAAGAGCUCCUCUUACCUUUGCAAAUGGAUGGCACCAUCAGCAAAGAAGAAUACGCAACACUAUUAGCACACCCUGACUGUCCAGGCUGGGACCGAAUUGAUCUCCAAGAAGCGCUUGCGGACAGGCUCUCGGAUUGCUGUCCCAGGUAUCUGGAGAUUCUGCGAGGCAUCAAUGGACUUUUGAGAAAGCUUGCUGCCGCAACCAUGGUCGAUGAUGAGCUUUUUCAAAGGCAGCUUGAAAAGAAAGAAGUGCAACUCAUGUUUCAACUCAGACGAUUGCAGUACAGCGCAACAACGUUCCGUCGCGAUGCUCUCAUCGACGAAAUGGAGCAGCUCAACUCUACCUUGCUAAGAUUCCUACGGUCAAAUGACCGGAUCGUGGAUCGUAAUGGUCCAGCUCACUCUGGGAUCACUCGCGGAGUCACACGCAAAUUCCGGACGCUUCUUGCGCUCGCAUAUCAUGCAGAGCGAAUGUACCGUGCACUGAGGAACGCUUGGCAGUGUAAUUGCGUGGCGCUUCACUGUGCUCGUGUAUGGUUAAAGCAUCGAAGCGCGUCAGAGGCAGUGCAGCUGGAGAUGCUCAUUGAAUUCGCUUCCGCCCGCGAGAUGAUCCCGGCAGGUGUCUGGACAAGGCGACAGCUUGCAAUCAAGUUGAUGACAGAGGAGCAGGCGAAAGAGCGCACGGUGUGGUCUCAGGGACUCUCGGAGAUCCAGGGUAGCAGCUCGGGGCGAGAAGCAUCUGCUAGCGUCCAAGGUCCACCCGCGAAGAGGAUCCGCCUGGACACUGAUUCCACGCUAUGCCACUUCAAGGCCACGACCCUGCUUGCUGGAGCCCAGGUACUUGCACAAAGUGGUGGUUCGAAGCCAAAGCAGAUUCAGGAAACUGGCCUCUGUGCAGUUGCGAUGUCUUGCUCGGCGAAUGUCAGCGGGAGCCUCGGGUUACUGAAUAGCGAGUUCGACGGCCAUCAAACACAAGACAUAGUACCAGGGCAUCAGUACGAAGUGGUAUACCUCGCCAGCGAGACUCAAGCCAAAGCCCUUGACCAGGACUCUGAGUCGCUUGGAGAUCUUCUGGAGAAGACGAAAUCAGAUAGCCUCUUCAGAGUUGAGCGAUUGACCGUGGCUUUCAUGGUCACAUCAUCCUUUUUGCAGCUCUUCUCUACACCAUGGUUCCAGGGCAACUCCACGGCAGAUGACAUCUUCCUGAGUGCGGAGUCUACCUCAAGCGUACUCGGACCUCAGCGACGGCAGCCUUUUGUUCUGGCGCGAUUCGGUGAUCAGCCUAGCGAACAAGCGGUUCCCAACGACGUCGCUUUCAUGGAACUAGGAAUCGUCCUGCUCGAGCUGUGCUUCCAUCGGCGCUUGCACGAUCAUCCAAGGUUCAAAGAGCACAUGGCGAACGCGGCUAUUUCGGUUCAGGGCUUGAUACGAAGCGCCGUGGCCAGUGAGUGGGCCAAAGACGUCCAGUACGAGGCUGGCAUUGAUUACGCCAUGGCUGUGGACUGGUGUCUUCACAAGGCCAGCUUGAGGAAUCCGGACUGGAGGAUCGAUUUCGCGAGGCAUGUGGUUCAGCCUCUGGAAAGGUGUCAUGUGGCAGGACUUCGGGCGACGCAGAUUGCUCUGUGAUGAGAAGUCAUGGAAUUAAGCUGGAGCAUGUUCGGUAGGCAACGGGGGCACGUCGAGAAGACGGGAGCAAGAAAGGUUGGAAAAGAAGGGCUAAGACAACCGGCUAGUUUUGCUACCCGUCCCAGUAAUUUUACACCC